UUUUUCCCACGACGAGAAGGCCGGGCCUUACCUCUUCGUUCUGAAAUUCCUGUUCCCAUCAACACAAGGUGUUCCACUAAAGAACAUCUGUCAUUGGUUGUGUCUGUCCAAAUAUUUAGUGAUUGGACAAGGAUCCUCUAACUUAACCUGAAAACGAACACGUGCUCUGUGGAUUCUCAAAUAUUGUUCUGUCUAAAAACCUAAUGAUUGUGAUUAAAAUUAUAAUAGAUAAGAUUAAUCGUAGAUAACUGUUGAAUUAUGAGUUUGAAGGCCAUAAGUUCGAUAAGAAAAUCGUAGAGAAAACUAAUGCUGUGUCGAUGGAAUAUAUGACUGUUGAACAGAUUACACGAGUCCCAAUAAUUCCAGGUGCUAUUUCUUAAUCUCUUCGAUGUUUUGGACAAUAAAGAGAUUGUGAUUGACACUGUCUGAUGGUCUACAGAACCUCAUCUUCCCUGACAUCCCUCUACCGAUAUUAUUCUUCCCCGAGGAUAAAAAACAUGGUCUACUCACUGACUCCACCGUCCUCAGUCAAAGGAAUGACAUUCUUGAAACGGGAGGAAUUCACGUACGUCGUUGACGUGCCCUAUGUACAAUUAACAAAAGUCUCUCAGAAGGAAUUUAUGGCAGUAAUUAAAAAAUACUUAUUAAAAUUGAGGCGUUGGAAGCCGGUUCAACAGAUGGAAGAUCGCCUAAUAGUGUACCUCAAUCCUGAGGUAGUAGAGAGUUUCGAAGAUUUCGACGAAAAAGCUAGAGAAAUUUUGAAAAAAUACACAGACGUCAUCGAAAAGAAACGAAUCACUAUUAAUUACGAAAAUUGGACCGCCGACACUAUUCUGGGGGCUGUGAUUCCGGAAGACAUUGGUGUUCCCACUUCCUUCACUAAAGUAGGUCACAUAUUGCACUUGAAUCUUCGAGAUAAUCAAUUACCAUUCAAAAGAGUAAUUGGCGAGGUCUACUUGGAUUUCGUCCCCCAUACGAGAGUCGUUGUCAAUAAAAUAAACAGCAUCGACACAGAAUUCCGAAAUUUCUCGAUGGAAGUACUGGCAGGGGAUGGAAACACGAUCACGACUGUCAAGGAAAAUGACUGCAAAUUCACGUUUGACUUUGCAAAAGUCUAUUGGAAUUCCCGAUUGAUUACAGAGCACAAGAGGCUAUUGGAGUACAUGGAGAAAGGGGAUGUUCUUUACGAUGUUUUUGCUGGUGUUGGGCCUUUCUCGGUGCCUGCAGCACGAAAAGGCGUCACAGUGUUGGCUAAUGACUUGAAUCCAGAGUCAUACAAGUGGCUGCAAGUCAAUAGUGCAGAUAAUAAAACGAAGGGCUUGAGUUGUUUCAAUAAAGACGGUCGAGAUUUCCUGAGGGAAGACGUCAAGAGAAAUUUAUUGGAACGACGACGUGAGUGUUCCACUGGAUGUGAACACAUUACCAUGAAUUUGCCAGCUCUGGCUGUUGAGUUCCUGGAUGUAUUUCGUGAGUGGAUGGACAGAGAGGAGAUACAGAAAGUCCUCAGGAAUCCUCCCCUCGUCCACUUGUACUGUUUCAUUAAGGCUCAGAAGGCUAGUGAUUUUAAAAAAUUAGUUAAGAAACAGGUUGAACUACAUCUGGAGGCAGAACUUUCUGAAUCAGUUGUGAAGAUUAUUCAUCAUGUUAGGAAUGUUGCGCCCAAUAAAGAGAUGAUGAGGGUGUCUUUCUAUUUGACUGAGGAAAUAAUGAGGUGUGAGGGACUUGAGCCUCAGAUCAAACGCCAGAGAACUCAUGCUAUUGGAAUUGCAGGUGAAAAUGGGAAAGAACAGUGUGGGAAAAACCUCCAGAACGAAGAAUGUAUUCAAAGUCUCGGUGAAGAAAACGAAGAGCAAAGGAUCGACGAAGCAGCCAGCUAAGAAUGGAAAUUUUAGUGCUUUAAAGAAAGGGAAUACUGAGAGGAUUAAAAUGAUCGAUCAGCAGCUGGUGAAUUUACGAAAUAAAAAUCUGGGAAUGCAGUCAACAAUUUCGACGCAAGCACCAGUCAUAUCUAAAAUCGUGAAACUCGAGAGGAAGAAGAAAGUUAAGACCAACCUUAAUAACGAUUCUCUGAGGCAAUUGAAAAUCUAAGAGAGAUGUCUUUGCUUUGAACAGAUUUAUAUUCUUUAUUGAUUUAUUGGAGGUUUUAAAUUAAAUAAAUGAAUUACUUCACUCGAA